AUGUUCCAGCGGCCAGACCACCUUUUAUCUCAGUUCCACUGUGCUGAUGAGGAGCGACUCAGGGCUGCCGGUGAACUGGAGAUGCUGGGAGCCCAGAUGGAUGAUGGACACUGCCAUCAAAUGAUCCACCAGCUCCGCUCCUGCAAGGUCAGAGUCCUGGACAUCCUCAACCAGAUGAUGGAUGUCUGCAUCCCUGGGGAAAGGGCCUGCAGGGACUUCUGGAUAAAGUUCCCCGAAGAAGGCAGACAUGUCAGCCUGGGAGGAUCGCUGUGGUUCAGAGCAGAGUCUCUUGCAGCCUGCUCUGACCAGGAAGCAGAAAGAGAGGUGAUGCGGCACCUGGCUCAGGAUCUGGUGUCCUGUCUGGAUGAGGUUUGUCAGCUGGCACAUGAGCAGGCCCUGCGAGAUGCCACCGUCUACCCAGAGAUUCUCCGCAACGGCCUCCGCAGGCUCGACAGGCUAAUGGCCAAGUUUGAGUUCAGCUAUGUGUUGGCCAUGUUGCCUGAGAGGUGUUCCAGAUAUCGGGAUAUACACCAGGACUUGGUUCUACUGUUCAGUCAGACAGCCAGCAGGGCUCUAGACCAGGGCUACAUCAACCAGGCCAUGAUAAAGGAUUGUGAUCCUGCACUGAUGGUAACAGUCCCGAGACUGGCCAUAGUAUGUGGUCUGCUGCUUCUUCCAGAUGGAGCGCUGCAGCUUGACGGAGCAGCAGAAGACGUCUAUGAGCUCUUCAAACCUUUCCAUUCCCUGCUGAAGACCAUCAGGUGUUAA